UAGACACCAACCAAAACAAAACUCCUUCUCCCCCCUCUUUCUUUUCUUCCAAAACAGGGAACUCCGAGAAAAUCUUGGCACAUUGGCUGACGGUGGUGUUCUUUGGUUGUUAUCGAUGAUGGUACGGCGGGGAAACCCGACGGGGGGCAGGUUUUGGCCCCAAAUACUAGUGGCUAUGGCCGUUGUUGUUGUUGCAAGCAAUGUAGGUUCAGUGUCUGCUGAUGCUUAUAUCUACUCUUCACCUCCACCACCUUAUGAGUACAAGUCACCACCACCGCCUCCGUAUGUAUAUAAAUCACCACCACCACCAUCACCUUCUCCUCCACCACCACCAAAGCAUGAAGAGAAGCCGUACAUUUAUAAUUCUCCCCCACCACCUUCACCUUCUCCUCCACCUUAUGAGUACAAAUCUCCUCCACCACCUCCUUACGAGUACAAGUCUCCACCACCUCCUUCACCAUCACCCCCACCUCCCUACUACUACAAGUCUCCACCACCUCCACCACCACCAAAGCACGAGGAGCAACCCCCUUACUACUACAAGUCUCCACCACCUCCAUCUCCGUCACCACCUCCUCCGUACGUCUACAAGUCUCCACCACCACCACCAAAACAUGAGGAGCAGCCCCCAUACUACUAUAAGUCUCCACCACCACCUUCACCAUCCCCACCACCUCCUUAUUACUACAAAUCCCCACCACCACCUUCACCAUCUCCUCCACCACCAUACUACUACAAGUCUCCUCCACCUCCACCUCCAUCCCCAUCACCACCUCCUCCAUACUACUACAAGUCUCCUCCACCUCCCUCUCCAUCACCACCACCUCCAUACUACUAUAAAUCUCCACCACCACCUUCCCCAUCCCCACCACCUCCUUACUAUUACAAGUCUCCACCACCUCCAUCUCCAUCCCCACCUCUUCCAUACUACUACCAGUCUCCACCACCUCCACCGAAACAUGAGGAGCAGCCCCCAUACUACUACAAGUCUCCACCACCACCUUCACCGUCUCCUCCACCACCUUACUACUAUAAAUCUCCACCUCCUCCUCCUCAUUAUGUCUCACCUCCAUACUACUACAAAUCUCCACCACCACCAGCAAAGUCCCCUCCUUACUACUACCAUUCUCCACCACCACCAACUCCUUAUUACCCCCACCCCCACCCCCAUCCUCUCGUAGUCAAGGUGGUCGGAAAAGUUUACUGCUACAGAUGCUAUGACUGGAGCUACCCAGUGAAGUCACACGACAAGAAACACCUCAAAGGUGCUAUCGUGGAAGUGACUUGCAAAGCUGGAGAAAAGGAGAUCACGGUUUAUGACAAGACCAGAAACAAUGGUAAAUUCAGCGUCCAAGUUGGUGGGUUCGAUUUUGAAAAAUAUGGAGUCGAGGCUUGCACGGCCAAGCUCCAUGCCCCACCCAAGGGUUCACCAUGCAACAUAGCCACCAGCCUACACUUGGGCAACAAGGGUGCCAAGCUCAAGGUCAAGUCAAAGGACAAGUACGAGGUUGUGCUCAAGGCUAAGCCAUUUGCUUAUGCUCCAAAGAAACCAUACAAGGAAUGUGAGAAGCCUAAGCCUCCCACUCCUUACUACUACACUUCUCCACCACCACCGUCUCAUCCUUAUAAGCCACCACCGUAUUACUACAAAUCUCCACCGCCACCGUCACCGGCUUACGUAUACAAAUCACCACCCCCACCAGCUCACACUUAUGUCUACAAAUCACCUCCUCCACCGUCGCCUACUUAUGUCUACAAGUCACCACCGCCACCAACUCCUACUUAUGUCUACAAGUCACCACCUCCUCCAAAAUACUAUUACAAGUCUCCACCACCACCUAAACACGUUGAGAAUCCUCCAUACUACUACAAGUCACCUCCUCCUCCAUCGCCUACUUAUGUCUAUAAGUCACCUCCACCGCCUACUCCUACUUAUGUCUACAAGUCACCACCUCCACCCCCAUAUUAUUACAAAUCUCCACCACCACCCAAACAUAUAGUGAAUCCCCCGUACUACUACAAAUCUCCUCCACCACCAUCACCAUCUCCUCCUCCACCAUACUACUACAAGUCCCCACCACCACCACCAAAACACGUAGAACAACCACCAUAUUACUACAAGUCUCCACCACCACCAUCCCCCACCUAUGUUUACAAGUCACCACCUCCACCAUACUACUAUAAGUCUCCACCACCACCAGUCUACUCUCCACCACCACCAUAUUACUACAAAUCUCCACCACCACCUUCACCAUACUACUACAAGUCUCCGCCGCCACCAAAACAUGUAGAGCAACCCCCAUAUUAUUACAAGUCUCCUCCACCACCAGUCCACUCUCCUCCACCGCCAUACUAUUACAAAUCACCCCCACCCCCACCGCCAUCACCAUCUCCUCCUCCACCAUACUACUAUAAGUCCCCACCACCACCACCACCAAAACACGAAGAGAAACCCCCAUACUAUUACAAAUCACCUCCUCCACCAGUUCACUCUCCACCACCACCCUACUAUUACAAGUCUCCACCACCACCAGUCCACUCCCCUCUACCACCUUACUAUUACAAAUCACCCCCACCACCAUCGCCAUCUCCUCCUCCACCAUACUACUACAAAUCCCCACCACCGCCAGUACACUCUUCACCACCACCUUACUACUACAAGUCCCCUCCUCCACCGUCGCCAUCUCCUCCACCCCCAUACUACUACAAAUCUCCACCACCACCAGUUCACAAUCCACCACCGCCAUACUACUACAAGUCCCCUCCUCCACCGUCGCCAUCUCCUCCUCCACCAUACAACUACAAAUCCCCACCACCACCAGUUUACUCUCCCCCACCACCAUACUACUACAAAUCCCCACCACCUCCAUCUCCAUCACCACCACCCCCAUACUACUACAAAUCCCCACCACCUCCAUCUCCAUCGCCACCACCCCUAUACUACUACAAAUCCCCUCCUCCACCAUACUACUACAAAUCCCCACCACCACCAGUUCACUCUCCACCACCACCAUACUAUUACAAAUCCCCACCACCACCGUCUCCCUCACCACCCCCGCCUUACUAUUACAAAUCACCCCCUCCUCCAAUUCAUUCUCGACCACCACCAUACUACUACAAAUCACCCCCACCUCCAGUAGAGGCUCCAGCACCUACAUACCACUACAAAUCUCCUCCUCCACCAUCACCAUCCCCUCCUCCUCCCUACUACUACAAAUCUCCACCACCACCAGUCCACUCUCCACCGCCGCCAUACUACUACAAGUCCCCUCCUCCUCCAUCUCCCUCACCACCUCCUCCAUACUACUAUCAAUCACCUCCCCCACCAGUGAAAUCACCUCCACCUCCGGUCUACAUUUAUGCUUCUCCCCACCUCCAAUUCCCUACUAGAUCCGAAAAGAUCAACCACACAAUGUUCAUGUUCUAGUUACACCAAAAGAAUAAAGGAAGUUGCCAAGAAGUGGAGAUUUGGACAU